CCUGCUCUCAUCUGCCUCGCUUUCUUCUCUGAGAAAGAGAGAGAUAUCUUGUAAGCCGACACGGUCGUCCGCCUCAAAGGCUCGAUCCGCGGCAUUCGGUUGGCACCUUCUGUGGCCUUCUGGAGCAGUUCUAGGGAUUCUAAUUCGUUUUCUUGUUCUCUUGGAUUCAUCACCCUUGAGAUGCCACAGAUAGUGAAUUGAGGGGUCUCGGGUUUGGGCCUUGGGGUCUUGCCAAUCUCUAAGUCCCUCCUUGGAUGCCCGGUUCUUGCUCCUUCCUGUACUAAUUCAACGGCUUUUGUUUGCGUUAUAUCCUGAUACAUGCCAUCUAGUACUAGUCAAAGAAGAGGGGUCUCUCGUUGGAGGAGAAAAGGGAGCAAAUGCUUCAAAUAUUUUAUGAGAGUCAAGACUUCUAUCUGCUUAAAGAACUAGAGAAAUUGGGUCCUAAAAAGGGAGUGAUCAGUCAGUCUGUGAAGGAUGUUGUGCAAAGCCUGGUGGAUGAUGAUCUUGUCUUGAAAGACAAAAUAGGGACUUCUGUGUACUUUUGGAGUCUUCCAAGUUGUGCUGGGAACCAGUACUGCAGAUUACAGAUAAAGUACUUCAGGAAUCAAGAUAAGAUGCAUUUAGGGGUCCUGCUUCUGAGGAAUACUUACAACAAGCUGGAAUCUGAUCUCUCAAACUCUAAAAAGCGUUAUGUGGAGCUUGUUGAACAUAGAGACAACUUGAAAAGAGGCAGGGAAGACUCUGAAGAGAGGGAAUCGGCUCUGGAGGAGCUGAAGGCUGUAGAACUACACCAUAAGAAGCUCAAGGAGGAACUAGCUGCAUAUGCAGAUAGUGAUCCAGCUGCAGUAGAAGCAAUGAAGGAUGCUAUUGAUGUUGCUCAUUCAGCAGCUAACAGGUGGACAGACAACAUUUUCACUUUGCAACAGUGGUGUUCAACUACAUUUCCACAAGCAAAAGAGCAACUUGAACAUAUGUACAGGGAGGUGGGGAUAACUGAAGAUUUUGAGUAUCUGCAGUGAUGCCCAACAGCCUGCGCUAUUAAUAUUACGCCUUUGUAUGUAAUCAUCCUUGGCGCAAACUGUUGAAUCCAGUGGACGAAACAAUUGAUCCAUGUUAGUGUUAUGUGAGCGGAUUGUACAGUUACCUAACAUUACAUGGUAUUUGCCUCCUAGACGUUUGUUACUGAAUCAGAUACCUAUCAAAUGCUUUCAGCAGAUAAAUGAUUAGCAUCAAGCAGGAUUGUCUUCUUUCCUUUCAAACAAACACAUUCAUGUAAGAGAAUUGCGAUCUGGUGAAGCAUGUCAAAACGUGGAACAAAUGGGGUUUGUGAUAUGAAUAUCCAGCUCUCCGCCCUUGGCCCUGGCCU